UCGUAGACCCACGGAAACCCCCGGUAUCCCGAAAUACUUUUAUCUUAUUCCCGGAUCAAGUUCGUUCCGUUGAAAAAUAGAAUUAAACGAAACAGAUAGAACGGUGGCACGUUCUAGAUAGAAUGGUAGACACGUAGGUACGGUGAGUAAGUGGACGGACAGAGGGAUGGAGUCCCGACCCGUGGAGGGGUUCGGUCCGAAGGGGAAGAAACGAUAAAGACGGGUGAGAUGGAAAAAAGAUAGAGGAAGACGGCCGAAGGAGUGAAAGAAGACGGGAAGAUCGGUGGAUCGUCUCGCGCGUAUUGAUUGGUCUUUUGUGAAAGCUACACCCCCAUGUAGUCACGAGGCGAACCAUUCCACCAUACCCUCCGACCUCCGGCGUAUAUCGCGCGGUCUUCGCUCGACCCUUCCGCGACAUGCCGUGUUCCGUGAUUCCCGGUUCGUACCACGUUUCUCCCUUGAUCCCUCACCGGUAGACGAUCGCCGACGUCGUGUCGAUAUUGGUAACGUGUAUGAAAACGAUUCGCGCUCCGACGGGGGUCGACUCGGGCAGCAGAGGGGAAGCGUAUGUUAGGGUGCUAUAUCAGGGUAGCGAUGACGUAAGCGAUCGCGAACGAUCCCUAGCCGCGAAGGGGUUCUAUAUCGGAAUCGAUCGUGGAGUGACCCAUAUCUGGCGGUGACGGGAGUCCCUACCCUUGGCUGCCUUUCCAGCGGUGGCACCCCUCGCUACCUUUCCUCUCCUCUCCCUUUCUCUCUUUUUCCCGGUCCUCCAUCCCCUCCAGGCGAAACGUAUCCCCGCCGAGGACCGUUCUCUACCCCCACUGGUUGUUCCACCCUUCGGCGGACGGGCGAACGUACACCUCCUCCCCCGAUUUCCAGCAGCCCUGCCGCCUGCCUUCCACGGCCGAGCAGAUCUUGGGGCUUGUACGGGAUGAUAGCCGAGUGAAAAAGCUCGCGACUCCCGUAAAGUUCGCUCAUCAGCAGCAGCAGCCCUGGCCUACCACAAUCCCUUCGACUCGGUUAUCGUAAGUGUCCGUGCGCUAUCCCUUGUGAAACGAACAGCGGAAUCGGGAAAGAAACUCGGAAACGAGAGAGGGUGAGAGAGUGUGGCCGAGCGUAUGAGAGAGAUCGUGCGAGAUCGGAACGACAGAGAGAAAGAAGACGAGUUUAUUAGCUUUGAUCGAGGAAUGAAAGGGGAAAAAAAGGGAUAAAUAGAGCGAGCGGAAGGGUACGCGGACGCGUAUGCGUGAAGGGAACAAAGAGGGUUACGACGACAAGUGUUCGUGUGCAUCUGUAAAAGUGUCCAAGCGGAAGGUUUCCUCGAGGGCUACCGGAACCGGACACGAUAGAGCACGGUACCGUUGUAAAGCUAGCCAAGUGCGGUAACAAAACCGAUGAAACGGAGGAGAGUCCGAUCAUGGGAAAACGCGGUCCGUAACGAAUGGGGAACAGUGUGUCAGUAACGGAACGGAGACGCGGUGGCACAGUUAUCAUCACGGCGAUCGGUAUCAUCAUAGUGAAAUCUAAGGGUACCGCUGAUCGCGUCGUCGCCGCUGAUACUCGUGGUGACGGUCAUAACCAAUUCACAGUGAUACACGGUGAUCGCGCUACGUAUCUUCGUGCAGUGAUGUCCCGAGCACACCGGGUGUAUAUGUAUACUACGUACCAUCGGUAGUGAGAUCAAUAAGCAGUGCCGUGCCACUCGACCCGUGCGAACGAAAAGUCAUUCGGAAUCUCUCUUUACGUUUUUCCCUCCGAACCACUGCCAGCUUCGAUCCCGUUCUUCUUCUACGAGAGAGCUCUCAUUCGUUUCCUUUCUGAAUUUUGUUUCGUGUCUCGAGAUUCGAAUCGAUCCUUCCUUCAAAGGCCUUAAUUUUUUUUUUUUAACGCAUUUCUAUGCACCGGCGUUCCUUCCUACACCGUUGGUUUCCUCGUCCGUGCACUUCGACCUUUUAUUACUCCGUUCGUUCCAAGAUCAUUCGGUAGGUUCUAUACUCUCUUUUUAACGCACAGCAUUAUUUUUCUCUCGGUCUCUUGAAAAUGCACAGCAAUACGUUUAUUCUCGCAUUCAGUAUGCCUCGUAUCUUACAGUAGAUUGCGCCAUUUAGUCAGACCGUUACGACACGCAAUUUGACAAUUCCAAAUAGAAAUUAAUUCGCGUAAUUAGAUAAAAAAGUGAGCACGAAGAGACACGGUCUUCGACUCGUUGCAAUAUCUAUGCACGGAAUACUAUAGCUGGUCCGACUCGUCUGACUAUAUCGUACGGUAAUACCACUUGCGCCAAAAUUCUUCGCUGGAUUAAGAUGUCUCCCCUGACCGUGACUGAAUUACUCAAGUGCGAUGGUUCAACCGGUGAAAUCAAGCCGUCGUCCUCGUAAAACGAAGCGAACCCCUCAGUGAAAGUUGACUUUAAACACUUUAAGGGAAACGGUUCGAAAGGUGACGGAAUUAUCGAGCAGGAACGGAGCCACGCUUGGACACUUUUUUCCGCGACACUUGUCGUACGAUCGAACGGGGUAAAAGUUGAAUCAGUGAACGAGACAAGCCGUGUGGGAUUCGAUUGAACGUGUUGCCAGACUGUUUUGCAGUCGGUUCGCGCUAAGGUAUCUGGAGGUGCCACGGGGGCACGAUGAAAAAAGAGUUUCUUUUCGCACCCAGAGAAUCGUACGCCUGAUCGUGGGGAUCGUCGUGUGCAGCCUGGCUGGCCCCGCAAAAGCCGCCAAUUAAUUAAGAUAGCUCCUAGAUACACGGUAGAUCGAUAGGGACUGGCCGUGAUAAAGACGGGCGAGGGUUUCAGACUUCAGGGAUGUUGCAGUGCUGUGGUGUUGGAGGUGGCGCUUCCACGGCACCUCAGGCUCCGCAGCUGCAGGAUACCGGAUCUGCUGUUGGGAUUACCACCUCCACGAAAACCACCAUCAUGCAGGACCCGGUUCUUGAAUCCAUCCUCGAGCAAAUGCGUGAAACGGAAGCUCGAAAAGCAGAUCUGGAGCGGCAACAUGCGGAAGCACAGAGUCAGCUACGCGAAAAGAUAGCAGGACGGUAUCAAGGCCCGGAAUCGGUCGAGGCAUUGCAAUCGAAGAUAAGAGAGCUCGAGAAGAAGACGGAAUUACAGAUGGUCAGGCACGAGGAAUUGUCUUUGGAACUGACGAGUCUGAGGCGUGCGCGAAGUAGAGGGCCGAUGCCGAUGAUCGGACACUCGACGGUCCCGACCACUUGGCCUCCGGCUGGUUCCGAGAUCGACAGAAUAAUAGCGAAGAUAGAACAAGAUAAUAGCGUUAACAGGAUGGCACACGAAUUGGAUCAUGCUCGGGGCGCCAUUACAACGCAGCAACCCUCGGUAACGGUGACACAGGGUAUUUUGCGAUCUAGCUCAGAGAACCUCCCCAAUCUCGGCCAGCAUCAGCAUCCACCUCAUCCGCACGCUUUGAGCCUCGGAAUGCCGACUCAACUGGGUCACUAUGCAGGUUCACCCAUGCCCCUAACGCCAAUGAUGCCCGGCUGUCCGCCGUUGACACCGAACGGACCUCCGUAUCACUACAGCGAACCGAUUCCACCGGCUCCGUCACUCUCCACUAGUCAAUCGCAACCGGUGUUCCAACAAAAGAUGCAACAAUACCAGCAACCGACUCAUACCGAGCUGCAAAGCUCCCACUCCCAAACCGCUCUGCAAACACAGCAGAAGCAACAACAAACGCACACCCAUUACACGAGCAAUCAAUACCAGGAGAGUUAUCCACAUACGCAAACUUAUCAGCAGCCGCUCCAGCAGCAACAACAGCCGCAACAACAUCCGGCCUCUACAACGUACCUGACGUCAUCCAGUCAAAGCGUAAUGCCUCAUUAUACGCAACCCACGCAGACCGCCCAAAGUUAUCAAUUGAAUGGAAGUCAGCAGGCAACGACAUAUCCAAGUUUGUCCAUUACGUCGCACCCGAACGGAACGUAUAGCACAGGGGCGAGUAGCUUUGGUACUCAAUUGUCGCAUCACAACUACUCCGUUCCUCAGACGAGCAUGCCGCAGACCACGUUAUCCUCGUUGCCACCCUAUUCGACGAGCUCCUAUCAUUCAACCCUGGGCGUUCUGACCAGUGUACCGCAAACCGUUCUUCCCUUCUCGAGCGUACAGAGCAGUUUCGCCCCUAGCGGAUCGACCUACUCCACCGUCGGGACCAAUGCUUUUGGCACAUCGGGUGUCAGCUCAGGAACCACGUCAACGGGCUUGUUACAAGCGAUAAACGAUCCCCUCCAAGCGAUGCAGCAGCUAUCCGCGCAGUCCCAGGCUAAUCAGCUUCAGCAGCAGGCGAUCAUCCAGCAGAUUCAACAGAGUUUACGCGCCAGCUCGCCGACGGUUCCCUCGACGACGAGUCACCACUUUCUCAGCCCGAGACAGAUGCCGAAGAUACCCAGCAGUAUACUGUCCAAUCCCCUGGAUCGACUGACCAACGACAAUAUCGUCUCCGAGGGUCAAGUCGACAUGCUCGACAUACCCGGCAAAGGCAGAUGUUACGUUUAUAUCGCUCGUUUCACUUACGAGCCGUUUCAGCAUUCGCCUAACGAGAAUCCGGAGGCAGAGUUACCCGUACAAGGUGGCGAUUAUCUUCUCGUUUGGGGACAACCGGACGAAGACGGUUUUCUCGACGCGGAAACGCUCGACGGUAGACGCGGCCUCGUCCCGGCGAAUUUCGUUCAAAAAUUAAUCGGCGACGACCUGUUAGAGUUUCAUCAAGCUGUCCUAGGACUCAGGGACGUCGACGACUCCGCAUCGACCAACAUUCCCCAAGUGAGCAAUUGUUAUUUACAAGAUAUCGACUUGGAGUUAGCUGCGUUGGAAGAAGGGAACCGGAAUCGUCAAGCCGAAUUAUCCGCGUACGCGGAGUUGGAUAAUAUCGCGGAGGAAGAUGAACAGGAACCACCAGAAGUCUACCUGUUUUCGGACCUAGUUCCGGCGCCGCAGCAUCUCACGCUCGAGCGGCAGCUGAACAAGAGCGUUCUGAUCGGCUGGACGGCACCGGAGAACACGCAUCAGUUAGAGUCGUACCACGUGUACGUCGACGGAGUGCUGAAGGUGACGGUGAAGGCGACCGAGAGGACCAGAGCGUUGGUCGAGGGAGUCGAUUCCACCAGGCCGCACAGAAUAAGCGUACGUUCGGUGACGCACUCAAGGAGAACGUCUCGAGACGCUGCUUGCACGAUGGUGAUCGGGAAGGACGUCGCCUUGGGCCCGACAGCCGUCAAGGCGUCUAACGUGACCGCGACCAGCGCUGACAUAUCUUGGAUGCCGAGUAACAGCAACCAUCAGCACGUGGUUUGCGUGAACAACGUCGAAGUUAGAACGGUGAAGCCUGGUGUUUACAGGCACACGAUCACAGGACUAGCGCCCUCGACGAUCUACCGAGUGACCGUCAAAGCGAAGAAUCUGAGGGCGACGCACUUCGAAGACCAGAACACUCAAGCGGCGAACAAUUUAGCCUGUCACGUUCACUUUAAGACGCUACCCAAAGGACUACCCGAUCCUCCGGUCGAUAUCCAGGUGGAGGCUGGACCGCAGGACGGCACUUUGCUAGUGACCUGGCAGCCUGUUGCCCUAAACGGUUCGGCCGUCACCGGUUACGCGGUGUACGCUGACGGGAAAAAGGUCACCGACGUAGACAGUCCAACCGGUGACCACGCGCUCGUUGAUAUACACAAGCUGAUGAGCCUGAACCCGAAGCAGAUCACGGUCAGAACCAAGAGCAGGGAGAGUCAGUCGAUCGACAGCUGCGCCACUGCCAUUCCCUGUAACGUUCUCCGCGGUGGUACCGCGGUGCAUCUGCAGCACGGACCCUCGCACAUGCAGGACCCAGGACAGCAACCUACCGGCGCUAUAGGUCAACAGAUAGGAGUCGCGGGUCAGAGAUAUCCGACGGCUCCCGUGGCAUCUCACAUGAGGAGGCACGCUACCACGAGGGUCGACGCUCACGGACAAGUGAUCAUCGAGACCGACGAGAAUCUGUCCGACAAAGAGAUUUAUCCCGGCCAGACCAUGUCCCAGAUGGGAGUUCCAGAGAUCAUCAAGGAUUCGGCUAGCGAGCAUUACAGCGAGGAGGACGACCCGACGCGCAGGGGUAGGAUGCCGGUACAUCAUGGACAGCAUCGGUACGGGCCGCAGAUGGGACAGCAGGGUCUACCCGGGACGCACCGGCCAGUGAGGAUGGUUGGGCCCACGGGCAGACCGCAGGAUCCUUAUUACGAUCAAGGAGGCCAACGGGGCAGACCCGCUGGUUAUCGCGGUGGACGGACGAUGCAAGCUCAAGGCGGUGCUGGUCAUCCGUCGAGCAGUGCCCAACAAAUGAACAAGAGAAUACGCUGGUUCGUUGCACUGUUCGAUUACGAUCCGAAAAGAAUGUCACCUAACCCGGAUGCCUGUGAGGAAGAGCUACCCUUCUCCGAAGGCGACGCCAUCAAGGUGUACGGCGAGAAAGACGCGGAUGGAUUUUACUGGGGAGAGUGUCACGGCAGACGGGGAUACAUUCCUUAUAAUAUGGUCGAGGAGAUCAAAGAUCCUAAUCAACCUGGACAAGGCCAAUCGGGAAGGAGAGGCAGAUGGGGCGAUAUUUAUAGCAACAUGCCCGUCAGGAAAAUGAUUGCGCUCUACGACUACGACCCUCACACACUGUCUCCGAACGUUGAUUCUAGCGCGGAGUUGGCGUUCCAGACCGGGAACGAAAUCUACGUCUACGGUGAUUUGGACGAGGACGGGUUCUAUAUGGGCGAAUUAAACGGAGUGCGCGGCUUAGUUCCGAGUAAUUUUCUCACCGAAGCGCCGGAUCAACCGCAGCAAGGACAGCCUCCGGGAAGUAGGAGGCCGCCUGGUCAGAGCCAAGGACCCGGGGUCAGAGGACCGCCGCCACCGCCGCGAGAACCGCCUCCACCUGGUCACCGUCGAGGCAAAGAUGCCUGCAUUGUGCCUGUGUCUGUCCCUGUCUGUCACUUAGACUCUAGACAACAACAACAACAACAACCAUCACUAAUGAACAACCAACAACAUCAACUCCAACAUCAACAAAACAAUCCACCGCAUCUAGCGUACCAACAAGCGAAUCACCACAGCUACACGACUGUAACCACGUCCAACCAACAUGGGCCCACGCCCAUGGGUGCCCAUCAGCAAGGGCCCGUGCCACCCCACCUUCAACAGCAGGGGAAGGGGAGGGGAGGCGCGGUCAAUCGUUGUAGUAAUGUGCCGGGAGGUAUGCAGGGCCCUGGACAGCAUAUGCAACAGCAGCAGGAUUACCAGCAACAGAAUCAACCGUAUCAACAGCAACAGCCAGGUCAGCCGAAUCAAGGCUAUCAACAACAGGGUCAAGCAUAUCAACAGCAAGGUCCAGGGUUCGGGCCACAGGGCCAACAGUUCCAACAGCCGCAGAGCCAGCAACAGCAGCCGCAGCAACAACAGAAUCAACCGUAUUCGCAACAGAACCAGGGCCCUUCGAUGCAAGGCAGUCAGAGCGCGAGCAAACCGAUGAGGGGGAUACCGACGGUGUUGCCUACGCCUCAGGCGAAGACUCAACCGCCACAGGGACAGCAACAAUCGCAACAGCAACAACAGCAGCAGCAACCGCAAAGUACGGGGCCGAAUCUGAUGCAAAAGUUCACGGAGAUGGCCGGCGCGAGCGCCGGCGGCGAUAUUCUGUCGAAAGGGAAGGAGUUAAUCUUCAUGAAAUUCGGUCUGGGCAAGUGAGCUAUCACCCUGGCCGUGUCGCCAGUUCCGCUUCUUCUCCGUACACGUCCUAUCGCGUUCUCAUGGAUCCAUGAUGAAAGACCGCGGAUCGCGUGAUCAGAUCGAUAGGCCGAUCGAUUUGAAUACGAGAGGGAGAAGGAACGAGUGGGACCGUGAAGAAUAAGCGAGACGAACGUACGAACGCGUCUCGUCAUCAGAUCAGGUCUUCGCCAACGAGAGGUGUUAUCCGAAGGAACAUGAGAGAUGUGUGCUGCCACUGCUGCUGCUGCUGCUGUUGCUGUUGCCACAGACAGUGAUUCAUUUUUCGCAAACCAUUGCUGAAGGAGUUUUGCUCGCCCGUCAGUGCCAUCUCCCGUAUAAUAGUCAAGGAAGAGAAGAGAAUAAUAAUUAUAAUAAUAGGGAAUGCUCGCGAGCGUUUUUCUAUAACGACCCUAACGAAAACUGUUCGAGGUGAUAGUCGAACUCGACGCGAAAUCGCUUACGAUCGUCUCUUUGAGGUACGACGUUACCCUGAAGAAUAACGAGAAGAAUCUUCUGAUUCCUCAUUAUAUCCUUGUUCUGAUCUUCUUUAUUUUUUCGUACGAUCCAUUAGUUUGAACUUUUAGAUCCUGGAAUGAAAAUCCACAUGAUCGAACGAAUUAUUAAAACGAAUCGUCGACAAAGAUAUCGUCCACGAUCGAAUAGACGUCGAUAGAUAUUGAUUAGAUUGAUAAUGAUCACGUACACGAAGAUCGAGAUAAACAUAAUCCGUUGGAAACAAAGAGAAAGUAAAAAUUAUUGCUCGAUUGUUUGUUUUCGAAGUUUAAAUCGUAAAAAUCUCGCUUAUCAUCCUACAUUCUUAGAGGUGUCAUACUUUCCAUAGGAAACACGAGAUUAGCUAAGAAUAGAUUCUGAUUCUUGUUCUUUGCACCGUCUAUCAAUUUAAUUCGUCCCAUUUUCUGUUCCCCUCGGUCAGUUCUUUCGUUUCGUUAACACAUGAUUUCUCACCGAGUCAUUUUAGCGACAAAAGUAAACGAACAAUAGCCAGGUAGAUAAACGCGAUCGUUCGUAAAAGACUAAACGGGGAAAGUAGCACCUUGUCGUGCUCGAGCACGACUGCACGAGUAAAAAAAUAUUUUACAAGACAGAAGCCAAACGAUAACGAAGAAAAUUUACGCGCUAAUGUAAUCGUAACGGAGGAUUUAUAAUAGGAUGAAUCGUGGAACAACUUGAACUAUUCCAUAAAUUAUAUAAAUAUAUAAAUAUAUAAAUAAAAAGCAACCAAGUAAAUAAAUGAAUUAAUAAAUAUCGCUCCUAGGGAAGGGGGCGUGAAUUCGACCGAUAAGAAGAACGCGUUAUCGGGAAUGUAUGUGGAAAAUCACAGCAUACGUAUAAUAUUAUACGGUAAUAAAAUAUAAAUAUAUACAUAUGCAUAUACAGAUGUGGGCGGGUUCUUCUACACACGCGUAUACGCGUACGACGUGUAUAAUACAGGUACCCACGCGCAUGCAGAUAUAUACACAUAAUAAUAAUAAUAAUAAUAAUAAUAAUAAUAAUAAUAAUAAUAAUAAUAAUAAUAAUAUUAAUAAUAAUAAUAUUAUAUUUAACUAUUGCAAAGUGUUGUUACAUCGCUACUUGUAUCGUAUUUUGUACAAAGUAUCCUUACCUUCAAUUGUUCUUUUUCUUUCGCCGUGAUAUAAAUAUAUAAAUAUGAAAAAAAUAUAUAUAUAAAUACUAUAAAUAUGCAUGUGCACGUGUAUACAUGUGAGCGUAUGCACGCGUAUGUGUAUAUACGCGUAUAUGGAGAGGAUAUCCUUAGAGAGACGAAGGAAGUGUGACAAAUUCAAAAGUCAUUUUGCCAGUAUCACACUUUGGGAAUCAUAAACCAAACUUGGCGUAAUUGUUAUUAAAUAUCGCGUGUACCUAUAUCUGUUUUGGAACCGACAGUUGCCUCUCGCCCGUUCGUGUUAAUCGAGUGUCGACAGAUAAGGAAAUUAAAAUUAACGAAGCGUAAUUAGCAUUAUGGGGUGUCAAACGCACGGUCCGAUCAAUCGUUACGAGACGAUUAUUUACCUUCUCGUUAUCGUUAGAAUUGUAUCGAAUCGCCUGGUCUCUAUGACGUGAGUCGAGCUUUAAUACAGGAUAUCUCACCCGAUUUUCUCGAUAUCGUAGCUGAAAGCGAAGGUUUGAGUUUAACGAGCCAAAUUUCAGGCACGUGUUUCUUUUAGCUGAUUCAGGUGUAACCCUCCAAAGUUAAUUGCUAUCAAUAUAAUGUUUCAAACGAUACCAGUCGAGCAUCCUUUCAAAAAACGUUUCGUUACGAGUAACAAAAGCGAGAAAAUCAAGACGUCAGAAUCGAGUGAGGCACCGUACGUAUAUUAUUGCCUUUCUUCUCUCUUAUUUAGAAUCUAGCCUAGAGAAUAUAAAUAAACGAUCUAGACAAAGGAGAACAGAAUUUAUCUUUUAAGGAAUGGUGUAUGGUUUUCUAUAUGAUUAAUUUUGGACCAUGAGUUUGAGCUACCCUUGGUAGCGCUAUAAAAUUUAUAACUAGCGAUGUAAUCGGUUUCGAGGGCUUUGCUUUUGCGAUAUCGGCCACCGUGAAUCGCGUCCAACGAGCAAGAAUUACGGAAACUGUGUAUACUAUGAAUACAUAUGUAACUAAAGGACCAAAGUUUCUUAAGCGACCAAUUCGGCUAUUCAGAGGUAGAAUUCGUUUCUUGUUUCUUUACGACAGACACGUUUCCUUUUCGCCUUAUUCGCAACACUUGAAAUAGAAGACGAACGAACGACUAUAUAUUUUUUAUUAACGUUUACAACUUGGAUGUUUCGAAAUCGUAGGCGUUUGUGAUCGAUAGGCGCGAGAAUAUGUGCGACGUGUAAGUACGACACGUAAUACUUGUUCGACGCGCUCGAUUCGCGAUGCACGAAAUUGCAAAAUCAAUCUCGGUUGAUCUCGUGCGGCUCGUAUUCGCGCGAACGUCGAGAACCAAAAGUUUUGCCUGAAUCAAAAAAUUUGCUCGAACGGAUAAAUACGCUUUCGACACUGUUCUUUGAGGCGUUACUUGAUCCAUUGGAAAUGAAACCGUGUAGCAAUCGUCUGAAUAUGAUUUAAUAGCUUGUACUCGCGAAGUAGCUGUACCAAACUCAUGGAUGAAGCGAUUCUUCUAUUCCGAAGGUAUGGACAAUUGAAUUAUAUAAUUUGCAGCUUUAGCAUAAAGUAAAACAAAUGCCUCUGUUCCAAUGAAAAUUCCGAUGUUCGUGGGUUUGGGAUAGAAGCGGUAGAUACUAUUAGACUUUAUCGCGGUUGUUUAGGUUUCUCGAAAAAUCGAAUAAUUCAGUGUAAAGGGAUUCUAACUAACUUAUAAGCCUGUCGAUUCUAAUCUAGCUCCAAUGGAUCGAGUGGGAGACGAGCUCCUUUUCCUUGAUCUUCGUCCGAUAGAACCCCUAACGCGCGAUCUCGGAUUAAAAUGCGCGGAUCGAUGUCAGAAUUCCUACGAAUCUUUGCUGUGAACAUAUCUAAUGUGAAACGUUGAUUCAGGCGAUUAAAGGAAAAAAGAAAAAAAAAGAAAAAAGACUGACGUGACAUUUAAGAUCUUACAGGUACUUUAACACGUUCGCUACCAGCGUCGGGAUCGAUCGGCGGAAGCUUAACAAUUUUUAAUUCUCGAGACUUGGUCGAUCCGUUCAGAGGUUCAAACCAAAAAAGGUUAAUUGAUAAUAAAACGUUGCGACGUUCGCGGAAAUAAAUUCGAAGAAUUAUUACUGUCAACGAGAAUAAGAGGAAACGACUAGUAGCCUGUACAAUAAAACUUCGUUCGAAUGGUAGUGAAUGUGUUAACUAUAUAUUACUUAGCAAAUCUGUAAUGUUCAUCUUCCAUCUCUUUAAUAUUUUCUUUCCCGUACCUUCUAUUUCAUCGUUAAGUUUUAUAGAGAUUAACAGAAAAAGCGUCAUAUAGCGGAUCUAGUUGAAAAGAUAAACGCGAGAAACGUAUGCGAGGAGGAAUCUGGAAUCAGUGUAAAAUGUAGCUGCAUCGAAUAUGUACGAAAACAAAAUACUGGAAGCGUUACGAGGAGACUUCAUCUAUUAUCGUUAGGUGUUAGGCAUCAUAAAAGAACUCAAGUAGUCUUAAUAAAAUGGCAAACAAAAAGAAAAGGGGAGAAUAACGCGAGGGAAGAGACGACCCGUUUCAAGCGUCCUACGUAUCGAAAUCUAUGUUCUGUCUUUUUUCUCUUUGUGACCAAAUCUUAGGAGAUAAUAAUUUUAACAACAACAGGAACAAUAAGAUCACGCAAUGCAACGCUCGAAACAUGAUUAUUAAAGGGUAACGAAUAAAACUGUAUUCGUUAGUCGAUACUUUUUGUUUAAAAAAUACGGAAUGUAUAAAAGUAAGAAAACGAGUGCAGACUGAACCGUAAAUAACUCUACAAAAUUAAAUAAAAUUGAAAACUAAAGCAAAGUAUAAUGAAGAAAUUAAGUGGGGGGAGGAGUUAAUAAAAAAACUCUUAUUGUUAGAAUACCUCGAAGUCGUUUCGUUCGUCGUCGACACUCAUUUUACGUAGUAAUCUCACUUGUACAUUGUCAUUGUUAUAAAUUUAGUCGUUGAAUGGAUUCAUAUAAAAAAAAAAUCUUUUGAUACCGCGACAGCUGACACAACAUGAAUCGCAAAUGUAAGCCGAGCCGAGGAUAACGCAUAUGUGUAAUGUCCGAAAAUAAAUAAGAAAAACGAUCGAGGAUCGACGUCGGCUCGAUCCUCUUUCGGUGAAAAAGACCGUCUAGAAGUGGGCGCACGAAAUUCGUUUGAUUCGAUCGAAAGGAAAUGAAUUGAUUACGAAAAUAAAGUACAUAAUAUCGGUGUUAGGUCUCUCUCAUACUAAAAACUCUCUUUCACAAAAGUGUUUUCCACAUCCUGAGAUGAAAAAAAAAAAAUAGAUGUACACAUGCGUUAUAUUUCGAUCUAGAUAACGGUUAGGUGAAUGACACACGAUAUCCCAGACAGCUAUUAGCGACCAGUAAAUUAAACCUUCUUACGGAGGAUCGAAGUUUCGUUCAGAAUUGUAGCACUUUGUUCCGCGAAAACACUUUAUGGAAAGACGAAAGAAAGAGGAAGAAUGCGGAUGCGUGUGUACGUAUGUAUGCUGAUCGCGUAUAUUCGGUAGGGUGGAAUAAAAGUACUUACAUGGACAAGAGCGUGAGAGGAGAAGUCAAUCGCAGAACGGAAAGUAGAAGAUCCGAGGUGCAUACUUCGAUAUGGUGUUAUUAGCUAGACGCCAAUUACUGUCAUUCUUUCUCUUGGAUCGAUACCCUAAGAUUGUAUAAACAGAGCGUAGCGAAGAAAAUGAAAUGAAAUCAAUUAUAUACACUCAUACGACUUUUAAUAUAACAAAUUAUCGUAUCGAUUAAGCAUGUCGAAUCGUCAGCUACGUUUGUCAUUCAGUAAUCUUGCGCUUUGUUUUUUCUAUGAAUCGAUACGUAAAGAUCUAUUCCUUGUUAGCCCAAUUGAAAUGUCAGGAAAAAAAACUGAUGCAAAAGAGAAAAAUAAACAAAAAACCCAAUGUUAUUAUAAAUGAUCAAUUAAUAAAAGACGAAUCUUGUUUGUUGUUA